ACAAACCCAAACAACAAACUCAAUAUGAAGUUCCUCAUCUGCUUGACCCUCUGCAUUGCCGCCGCCCAGGCAGGACUCAUCGCAUCCCCAGUGGCCACCUAUGCCGCCACCUACUCCGCAGCUGCUCCCUUGGCCUACUCCACCUACUCCGCACCAGCCUACUCCACCUACUCCGCACCAGCCUACUCCACCUACGCCGCCGCCGCUGUUCCCGCCUACACAUCCUACUCCGCCUUAAGUGCUCCUGCUUACGCCGCUCCUGUGACCACAUAUGCCGCAGGAACCGCCUUUGCUGCUCCCAUCACCACCUACGCAGCUCCGGCUAUCGUCAGCUCCAUCCUGAAGAAGAAGUGA